AUGUACACCAAAAGUGUUACACAAAACACAACUCCCACCAGCUCAACAACCACAACUUCUUCCACAAGCACGUCUACAACCAGCCCGACGACUCUGACUUCACCCACAACCACGUCUCCAACCAGCUCAACAACCACAACUUUACCCACAAGCACGUCUACAACCAGCUCAACAUCCACAACUUCUUCCACAAGCACGUCUACAACCAGCCCGACGACUCUGACUUCACCCACAAGCACGUCUCCAACCAGCUCAACAUCCACAACUUCACCCACAAGCACGUCUACAACCAGCUCAACAUCCACAACUUCACCCACAAGCACAUCUACAACUAGCUCAACAUCCACAAGCACGUCUACAACCAGCCCGACGACUCUGACUUCACCCACAAGCACGUCUCCAACCAGCUCAACAUCCACAACUUUACCCACAAGCACGUCUCCAACCAGCUCAACAUCCACAACUUUACCCACAAGCACGUCUCCAACCAGCUCAACAACCACAACUUCACCCACAAGCACGUCUCCAACCAGCUCAACAUCCACAACUUCACCCACAAGCACGUCUCCAACCAGCUCAACAUCCACAACUUCACCCACAACCACGUCUCCGACCAGCUCAAUAACCACAACUUCACCCACAAGCACGUCUCCGACCAGCUCAACAUCCACAACUUCACCCACAAGCACGUCUCCAACGAGCUCAACAUCCACAACUUCACCCACAAGCACGUCUCCAACCAGCUCAAUAACCACAACUUCACCCACAAGCACGUCUACAACCAGCUCAACAUCCACAAGCACGUCUACAACCAGCCCGACGACUCUGACUUCACCCACAAGCACGUCUCCAACCAGCUCAACAUCCACAACUUCACCCACAACCACAUCUCCAACCAGCUCAACAACCACAACUUCACCCACAAGCACGUCUACAACCAGCUCAACAUCCACAACUUCACCCACAAGCAUGUCUACAACCAGCUCAACAUCCACAACUUCACCCACAAGCACGUCUCCAACCAGCUCAACAACCACAACUUCACCCACAAGCACGUCUCCAACCAGCUCAACAACCACAACUUCACCCACAAGCACGUCUCCAACCAGCUCAACAACCACAACUUCACCCACAAGCACGUCUCCAACCAGCUCAACGUCCACAACUUCACCCACAAGCACGUCUCCAACCAGCUCAACGUCCACAACUUCACCCACUAGCACGUCUCCAACCAGCUUAACGUCCACAACUUUACCCACAAGCACGUCUACAACCAGCUCAACAUCCACAACUUCACCCACAAGCACAUCUACAACCAGCUCAACAUCCACAAGCACGUCUACAACCAGCCCGACGACUCUGACUUCACCCACAAGCACGUCUCCAACCAGCUCAACAUCCACAACUUCACCCACAACCACAUCUCCAACCAGCUCAACAACCACAACUUUAACCACAAGCACGUCUACAACCAGCUCAACAUCCACAACUUCACCCACAAGCACGUCUACAACCAGCUCAACAUCCACAACUUCACCCACAAGCACGUCUCCAACCAGCUCAACAACCACAACUUCACCCACAAGCACGUCUCCAACCAGCUCAACAACCACAACUUCACCCACAAGCACGUCUCCAACCAGCUCAACAACCACAACUUCACCCACAAGCACGUCUCCAACCAGCUCAACAUCCACAACUUCACCCACUAGCACGUCUUCAACAGCUCAACAUACACAACCCGUUGGUUUUCCCACAAGCAUGUCUCCAACUAUCUCAACUAUCACAAGCACGUCUCCAACCAGCUCAACAUCCACAACUUCACCCACAAGCACGUCUCCAACCAGCUCAACGUCCCACGUCUCCAACCAGCUCAACGUCCGCAACUUCACCCACAAGCACGUCUCCAACCAGCUCAACGUCCGCAACUUCACCCACAAGCACGUCUCCAACCAGCUCAACGUCCGCAACUUCACCCACAAGCACGUCUCCAACCAGCUCAACGUCCGCAACUUCACCCACAAGCACGUCUCCAACCAGCUCAACGUCCGCAACUUCACCCACAAGCACGUCUCCAACCAGCUCAACGUCCGCAACUUCACCCACAAGCACGUCUCCAACCAGCUCAACGUCCGCAACUUCACCCACAAGCACGUCUCCAACCAGCUCAACCACGUCUCCAACCAGCUCAACGUCCGCAACUUCACCCACAAGCACGUCUCCAACCAGCUCAACGUCCGCAACUUCACCCACAAGCACGUCUCCAACCAGCUCAACGUCCGCAACUUCACCCACAAGCACGUCUCCAACCAGCUCAACGUCCGCAACUUCACCCACAAGCACGUCUCCAACCAGCUCAACGUCCGCAACUUCACCCACAAGCACGUCUCCAACCAGCUCAACCACGUCUCCAACCAGCUCAACGUCCGCAACUUCACCCACAAGCACGUCUCCAACCAGCUCAACGUCCGCAACUUCACCCACAAGCACGUCUCCAACCAGCUCAACGUCCGCAACUUUACCCACAAGCACGUCUCCAACCAGCUCAACGUCCGCAACUUCACCCACAAGCACGUCUCCAACCAGCUCAACGUCCGCAACUUCACCCACAAGCACGUCUCCAACCAGCUCAACGUCCGCAACUUCACCCACAAGCACGUCUCCAACCAGCUCAACGUCCGCAACUUCACCCACAAGCACGUCUCCAACCAGCUCAACGUCCGCAACUUCACCCACAAGCACGUCUCCAACCAGCUCAACGUCCGCAACUUCACCCACAAGCACGUCUCCAACCAGCUCAACGUCCGCAACUUCACCCACAAGCACGUCUCCAACCAGCUCAACGUCCGCAACUUCACCCACAAGCACGUCUCCAACCAGCUCAACGUCCGCAACUUCACCCACAAGCACGUCUCCAACCAGCUCAACGUCCGCAACUUCACCCACAAGCACGUCUCCAACCAGCUCAACGUCCGCAACUUCACCCACAAGCACGUCUCCAACCAGCUCAACGUCCGCAACUUCACCCACAAGCACGUCUCCAACCAGCUCAACGUCCGCAACUUCACCCACAAGCACGUCUCCAACCAGCUCAACGUCCGCAACUUCACCCACAAGCACGUCUCCAACCAGCUCAACGUCCGCAACUUCACCCACAAGCACGUCUCCAACCAGCUCAACGUCCGCAACUUCACCCACAAGCACGUCUACAAUCACAACAAGCACAGCUUCAGUGCUUGA